UGUAUUGAGUAACGGUGGUGGGUGUGGCGAGAGAGGGCGGAAGAAGGCAUAAAAACGAGUCAACCAUGGAAGCGAAACCAAAAAGUGUGUGUGGCUCAGCAUCGCUCAUAAUCUCGAAGGAUGUCGAACCUCGACAUGCUUCUGAAACCUUGCAAUUCGUCGACGUUAUGGGCGCUGCUAUCCCCGUCCCCCACACGUGCAACACGCACGCUUUCUUCAAUGGUUUCAUUCGGAGUUUCAUCAAAGUCCAUCUCAUCCAACGUGGACGAAUCUCUUGUUCUAUUGUCGCAAAACCACCGAUCUGUAAUGGCUAUGGAACACUCCAUGGAGGGGCUGUUGCAACCUUGGUUGAGGUUCUUGCUACAGCUUGUGCAAGAACUGUAGUUGCUGAAGACAAGGAACUUUUUCUUGGGGAAGUGAGCAUUUCUUACCUCUCUGGCACUCCAGAAAAUGAAGAAGUGCUAGCUAAUGCCUCUGUGGUAAAGACUGGAAGAAAUUUAACUGUGGUUACAAUUGAGUUCAAAAUGAAGAAAACUGGCAAUUUGCUCUAUAUUACUCAUGCUACCUUAUAUAACAUGCCAGUCGCCAGUUUAUGAACAUUGAGCUUUUUGAUGGACUUGGUUCUGCAGUUCCAUUUUAUGUAACAAAAUUCUUCAAAUUAGGCGAUUCCUUAUGAGUAGAUUUAGAAUGCUGUAUUAUUAUGCCUUUUUCCAUAUCCAUUAUGUUGAUAAUUUCUUAUACAUCAAAUAGUCAAAAACAAAAUGUAAUAACCUUGAAUUAUUGUCUUUCCAAAGUUUAUGAUUCAUGAAACUAUUUUUACUGAAUUA